CCGUACUGCCUUCCCCUACACAACAACAUCACUUUCCUCUCUCUCUCUCUCCCUCUCUCUCUCAAACACAUGAGAGAAGAAGACCGUCCAUCAAUCUCAGCCGUCGAUCCUCCCACAACAGCCCCGUCGAUAAUCCCAGCCGCCGGAGAUGGAGAACACGCAGGAUUUCUCGCCGCCGCCGCACGUGGACGCGUCUCGGCCGUCGCUAGGCUUCCCACUGGGCACAGCUCUCCUCCUCAUCAUCAUCUUCAGCCUCUCCGGGAUCUUCUCCUGCUGUUACCACUGGGACAAACACCGUUCCCUCCGCCGCUCCUUGUCCGCCGCCGCUGCCGGCGACAUCGAGUCCUCUCCGGCGAAGCCUAGACCUCCCAUCUCGGAAACGAAGAAGAACCAGAGCCAGAGCGUACCGGUGUUGAUGCCAGGAGAUGAUACACCGAAGUUCAUAGCGCUGCCAUGUCCGUGCGAGCCGCCGAGGCCAGUGAAGAUCACCGUCGAUGUCCAGAAUCCGCCGCCGCCGCCUCCGGUUAAGCCGCCGCGUUUUCCGGUUCCCUUGUAUUGAAUCCUAAUUAGCGCCCAAACGAAAAAAAAAGAGAUAAAAUAUCAAAUCUGAAAUCUCCCAAUUUGCUGUACAUACCGUCGCGGACCAAAAAAAAUUAAGAUGAAAUUUUUUCUUUCUAUUUUCGUUAUGGUUAGUUUCUAGUAAUAUAAAUUACAGGGCAUGCCCUAAAAUUUUCAUUUCAA